CUCCGUAGCCUCCACGCCAUCCUUCGAACGCCAUAUAAAAAGGGCUCAGAUUGGGGGAAGGUAAAAGAAAAGGAUCGAGCGCUAGGGUUAGGGUUUCGGUCGAACCCCGCCAAGGAUGCCGAAGAACAAGGGUAAGGGAGGGAAGAACCGCAAGCGCGGGAAGAACGAGGCCGAUGACGAGAAACGCGAGCUGGUCUUCAAGGAGGACGGCCAGGAGUACGCUCAGGUUCUCCGGAUGCUCGGCAACGGCCGUUGCGAGACCAUGUGCAUCGACGGCACCAAGCGGCUCUGCCAUAUCCGCGGUAAGAUGCACAAGAAGGUCUGGAUCGCCGCCGGUGACAUCAUCCUCGUCGGCCUCCGCGACUACCAAGACGACAAGGCCGACGUCAUCUUUAAGUACAUGCCCGACGAGGCCCGCCUUUUGAAGGCCUAUGGAGAGCUCCCGGAGAACAUCCGCCUCAACGAGGGCAUCGGAGGACUCGAUGAGGUGGACGAGGGCGGCGCUGAUGACUACAUCGAGUUCGAGGACGAGGACAUCGACAAGAUCUAAGCGGUCCAAGGAUCGAUUGCGGUUUGCCUUGCCUUUCUUCUCUCUAUCUCUUGAAUGGCAAUCCGUUUCUUUUAAGUCUGCUGCUGGAGUUGGGUUAUCAUAUAGAAUUAAGUACAGAUAUGCUUGUAUGGUUUCAAAUGAUUAACUUUGUCGAUGAGUGCUGCAGGCGUCAAAGAUUUUUAGUCUAUCUGGUUAAUGAUGAUGCUUAUGUUGCACUUUGCUAUAAAAAUACAUAUUAUCUUUGAGUA